ACGUGCGAUUGGGAUUCCGUCGGUAGUGCCACGGAAAAGGUGAUUUUCGUGCUAAAAUCGCGCCGUUCCGUGACGAUCGCCGCGCGCAGUGCCAGCUGCUGAUCGUUGUGUAGUUUUAAACGUGAAAAGCACUCCCGAAACGGCCACAGAAUGGUGAAACGAAACCACAAGUUUAAAUCCGGCGAGGGUUCCAUCUACCUGACGCGUAAGGCCGCCAUGAGGAAGCUGCAGCUGUCGAUGAAGGACUUCCGGCAGCUGUGCAUCCUCAAGGGUAUCUAUCCGCGUGAACCGAAGAACCGUGCCCGGGCACAGCACGGUGCGCAGGACAUCAAGAUCCUGUACCACAAGAAGGACAUUACGUUUCUUCUGCACGAGCCGAUCGUGUGGACGUUGCGUGAUCGAAAAAUCUACAACCGGCGCAUAGCCAAAGCGAGGGCCAAGAAAAAUUUGACACUCCGUGACAUUCGAUUGAACAAUUUCCCACAGUUGAAGCUCGAUCACAUCGUCAAAGAGCGCUUCCCGACGUUCAUCGAUGCGAUCAAGGAGUUGGACGAUUGCAUGACGCUGCUGUUCCUGUUCAGUACCUUCCCGGCCACGCGGGUCAUCAAGCGUGAACUGACCAGCAUGAGCCGUCGGUUGACGAUCGAGUUCAUGCAGUACGUAAUCGCUGCGCAGGCCCUCCGGAAGGUGUUCAUCUCGAUCAAGGGCUACUACUUCCAGGCGGAAAUAAAGGGCGAAACCGUGACGUGGAUCGUACCGCACUACUUCCCGUACCAGUCGCACCGCGGGGAGUCGAUCGACUUUAGCAUCAUGAAAUCGUUCGGUGACUUCUUCACCGUGAUGGCCGGUUUCAUCAACUAUCGGCUGUACCAUUCGAUCAAUUUGGUGUACCCGCCCCAGUUUCCACACUCGCUCGACUCGGACGAAACGUUCGCCAGCGAGGAUGCGUUUAUGAACGAACGGAUUGCCGCGCUCAACGCGGAUCUGAUGCGCACGGACGGCAGCACUGAUGGCGGUGAGCAGCAGGAUGAACCGGAAAUGCUCGAGUGGACCGGCGACAGCGAUGAUCUCCCGCACGUGUCCCAGAUUCGCCAGGAAGCACAAAGUUUGGCUAAGCUGAAGACACUGUUCAAGGGGCUAAAGUUUUUCAUCAACCGCGAAGUGCCGCGUGAACCGCUCGUCUUCAUUAUCCGCUCGUUCGGUGGGCGCGUAUCCUGGGACAAGCGCCUCUUCGUGGGUGCCACUUUCGAGGAGAGCGACGAGACGAUCACGCACCAGAUCGUCGAUCGGCCGAGUCUCGAAAAGCAGUACAUUUCGCGCGACUACAUCCAACCGCAGUGGCUGUUUGACAGUGUGAACCAGCGUCGGUUGCUCCCGACGAACCAGUACUUUAUCGGGGCCGUUCUACCGCCCCACCUGUCACCGUUCACGCGGGAUGAUGUGCUGUACGUGCCGCCGGAGGAACUGCGCUUGCAGGAGCAGCAGGGUGCCGAGGGUUCCGAGUUCGACCCGGCGACGAGUGCGUUGACGGCGCAGGGCCACGCGGACGCGGAGGAGCACAUUUCCGACGACGAAGAGCUAGAUCAACAGCAAACACAGCACGACUAUGCGCUCCUGAAGGCCUUCAACGACGAGCAAACGGAUAUGCUCGAUAGCGGCAAGGGCGAGGAUGGCGCCGACAAGGAACAGGAUGAUGAGGACGAAAAGCAGCAGACGGCAGCGGUGAAGGGCAAAAAGAAACCCACCAAGGGAAUGGCCGUCGUGAGUGGCAAAGUGUACAAGGAGGACGCGCAGGAGGAGAAAAAGCUCACGAAGCAGGAAGAGGCGUUGCGGGCGAAGAUGGUCAAAUCGAAGCACCGCAAGCUGUACCAUCUGAUGCUGGAGAAGAAGAAGAAAGCCCAGAAGGAGGCCAACCUGCUCCAGAUGAAGCGAGAACAGAUCGACAAGCAGAAGCAGCGCGAGCAGGUCGUGAAGCGGAAACAGCAGCGGAAGCAAAUUCUCGCGUAGAGCACCGACCAGACGACGGUGAACCGUAUUCGAUGUAACAGUUAUUCGCUUAAGCCACAUACUUCUCUUGCUUCCACCUUUUUGUGGGGCGCAAAUACAGUUGUAAUCCGU